AAACUUAAUUAUAGAAUUAAGGCACAAGACAAAAAAAUGGGUUCCAUAAAUGUACUAGGGGUGGUAUUUUGGUGUGCAGUCUUGAUGCAUGCUGGGUAUGCUCAGCUUAGUCCCUCAUUUUACAGCCAAACAUGUCCAUUUCUAUACCCUAUUGUGUUUAGAGUCAUAUUUGAGGCUUCUCUCACUGAUCCACGUAUUGGUGCCAGUCUCAUUAGGCUUCAUUUCCAUGAUUGCUUUGUUCAAGGUUGUGAUGGAUCAGUUUUGUUGAACAACACUAAUACCAUAGUAAGUGAGCAAGAUGCACUUCCAAACAUAAACUCAUUAAGGGGUUUGGAUGUUGUAAACCAAAUCAAGACAGCAGUUGAAAAUGAAUGUCCAGCCACUGUUUCUUGUGCUGAUAUUCUUACUAUUGCAGCUCAAGUAGCUUCUGUUCUGGGAGGAGGUCCCUCAUGGCAAAUUCCAUUGGGAAGAAGGGAUAGUUUAACAGCAAACCAAGCCCUUGCAAAUCAAAACCUUCCAGCACCCUUUUUCACAUUGGAUCAACUUAAAGCUGCAUUUCUUGUUCAAGGUCUCAACACUACAGAUUUAGUUACACUCUCAGGUGCUCAUACAUUUGGAAGAGCUAAGUGUAGCACCUUCAUUAAUCGUUUAUACAAUUUCAAUAGCACUGGAAAUCCUGAUCAAACUCUAAACACAACUUACUUACAAACAUUGCGUGAGAUAUGUCCCCAAAAUGGAACAGGGAACAAUCUCACCAAUUUGGACCUUACUACACCAAAUCAAUUUGACAACAAAUUCUACUCCAAUCUUCAAAGCCACAAAGGCUUGCUUCAAAGUGAUCAAGAGUUAUUCUCAACUCCUAAUGCAGAUACCAUUGCUAUUGUUAAUAGCUUUAGUAGCAACCAAGCUCUCUUCUUUGAGAAUUUUAGGGUGUCCAUGAUUAAAAUGGCUAAUAUUAGUGUGCUAACCGGUAAUGAAGGGGAAAUUAGGUUGCAAUGUAAUUUUAUUAAUGCAGAUUCCUCUGGAUUAUCUGGUGGUGCAUCAAAAGAUGAACUUUUAAGCUCAUUCUAAAUUAGUUAACGUGCUUGGAAGGGUAAACUAUAUAUUGUAAACUACUUACUUAAAAUAAAACAAGAAGAGUGUGAUUGGGAAUUAGGUUUUUCCAAUUUACCUCUUGUCAUCGGUUGUUAAAGUUACUUUGAAUUUCAAUGUCACAUGAAAUAAUUUAUUUACAUUUAUGUUGAAA